CCAUGGAGCCGGCCUGGUUUCCUUGACAACAUCCGCUGCGGAGGUUGUGUCACAGCCCUGCAUCAUGUCCGUUUCAAGGUUACCUCCUACUGCUUUUUCUUUAAAACAGUUUCUGCAGAGGCAGAGGGUUUUGUCAAUUUACAGAAACAUGCUGAGGACCAUAAGACAGGUGCCAGACGAGGGAGACAGGAAAUACCUGAGGGACUGGGCGAGGGAGGAGUUCAAGAGGAACAAAACUGCCACAAACCAGGAUGCCAUCCGCAUGAUGAUCACACAAGCAAACAACCACCUGGAGACGCUCCAGAAGUCUCUGGCACUGGCCAGGAGCUGAAGCCUCACAGCUGCUGGGAGUCAGUAAGAUCUUACAUUGACUUCACACUGUCACGGCCUACAGACUGCUUUGGACUCUGUCUCAGUGAAGACCUCACAUGGCUGCUGGAUGGUGCUUGAGCUUUAGAGAUGCCUCUGUAGGUGAUGCUGCGCCGGGCAGCAGUACCAUCAGCUGGCCAUGGGAUGUCCCUGUGUGAUUAACACAGCACUGCUGAGGCAGCUCUGAUGCUGCGUUCACAUUGAUCUGGAUGAAGCAGAAUGGGAUGACACCUUGUUGCUGUAACUGGAAAUAUUCAUAUCUUGAACUCAUGAACUCAUGGAAUGAAAAGAGUAAAAUGCCCAAUUCCACCAUUAAAUGAAUGAAUGUGUAGGCAUUUUACUCUUUUGUGUAAGGACACUGUCAAAGCUAGCAGCUUAUUCAUCAGUGUGUAUGUUCCCGUAGUAUCAAAAUCACUGUAAUGUCCACGUUCAAAAUCACUUAUUUUAUUUAUAAAUUCAUGUCAUAAGCAAUAAAACUGAAUAAUGAAUAACGUUUGCUGUUCGCACAGGGGUUGGUUUUAUUACUGUCAAUUAAACUGAUAACUGAAUCUUUACCUUACUGUUAACUUGCACUGUUGACAUCUGUGGAUUCACUUGCACAACUGGUGCUCGCAUGAAAAAAUACCACAUUCAACUUACAUUUACCACUAACAGGCUGAAGUUGAUGCUUUUUCUCAUGUUGGGAGUUCAUAUUCAUGGAAAAUGUGAUGUGAUGUGAACAUGAUAUUUUUAGUAUGUGGAUCCCAAACCAGUUUGUGUUGACAGCACACCUUUAUUUGAUAAAUAUCACGUAUUAUGAACUCAGAUUUGCUAUGUUUUUUGCUGCUCUUGUGCUCUAAGUGUUGACAUAACAAUGGAGAAAUGGCAGCCUCAGAUCAAGAGGGAUUGCUAACUUACAGUGAACAAAGUGAUGGUGUAGUCUAACAAGCUGUUAGGUCCAGUGACUGAAGUUUUGACCCACUUUCUAAGGCCAACAUUCCCUGUUGUCGGCUGUCCAAAUGUGCAUGACAUGUAAUAGUUUUGCAGGCAUCAUUCAGCAAAGCCUGUUCUGCUGCUUUUCCUGCAGCGGUGAGACUUUCACAACACUUGUUGAUCCUAUGACGAUAAAAAAGUAUCAAAUGAAUGAAUUAGGCCUACAGUGUGAACCGUGAGGGUGAAUGUGCACGUUUGCCACUGACUUUGGUUUGUGUAUUAUCUAUUAAAUGGGCAACGAUUACAAAAUA